GGACGGACGAAGCUUCGCUCCGGCCGGGGUGGGUGAGGUGAGGUGAGGUGAAGCGGCGGGGGCAAGACGUGAUCUUGGUGACCGGUGAGGGGGAUCGAGGGGUCGAGAAAGCUGGCGGCGAGCAAGUGGUGGGAGCGCGCCGAUGAGGGCGCCAUGGCCGGGAUGGACCCCGCCGGUGGUGGGGGCGUGGCGGCGCACUACCUGCACAUGCUCCGUGCGCAGCAGCAGCAGCAUCACCAGCAGCAGCAGCAGCCGCUGUCACCGACAGGCGAUGUCAAGGCGGAGCGCUCCAUGCCGUCGCCGGAUGAGAGCCACGCCGCGGCAGACGCCGACCCAGGGUCGUCGUCGGCCAUGGUGGUGGCGGAGGACGGGGGCGGCAGCGGCGGGUCUGGCGGCCCGAUGCGGCGCCCGCGCGGGAGGCCGCUGGGCUCCAAGAACAAGCCCAAGCCGCCCAUCAUCGUGACGCGGGACAGCCCCAACGCGCUCCACUCCCACGUCCUCGAGGUCGCCGCGGGCACCGACAUCGUCGAGUGCGUCUGCGAGUUCGCGCGCCGCCGCGGCCGCGGCGUCUCCGUGCUCAGCGGCGGGGGCUCCGUCGCCAACGUGGCCCUCCGCCAGCCCGGCGCAUCGCCCCCGGGCAGCCUGGUCGCCACCAUGCGCGGGCAGUUCGAGAUCCUGUCCCUCACGGGCACCGUCCUCCCGCCGCCCGCGCCGCCCAGCGCGAGCGGCCUCACCGUCUUCCUCUCCGGCGGGCAAGGCCAGGUGGUCGGCGGGAGCGUGGCCGGCCAGCUCGUCGCCGCGGGGCCCGUCUUCCUCAUGGCCGCGUCGUUCGCCAAUGCCGUCUACGAGCGUCUCCCACUCGAGGGAGAGGAUCCCGACGAGGCCGCCGCCGCCGCCGCUCCACCUCCCGCCGAGGCGGCGCAGCCAACCGGCCCACCACCGCAGCAGCCCACCGCCUCGCAGUCCUCCGAAGUGACCGGCGGCGGUGACGGCGGCGGUGGGCUCGGCAUGUAUCUUGGAGGCCAUGUGGGAUCCUACCAACAGCAUCAGCUUCCUGGACCCGGAGAUAGCAACUUCGGGAGCUGGAGUGGCAGCAUCAGGCCGCCACCAUUUUGAUCCACACCUCAAGCUCUCUCCCCACAACGCAUGCAUGUCUAAUCCAUCCAGCAAGAUUCACUCCAGGAAGACGAAGCUGAAUGAAUGAGAGUGAUUCAUUUCAUCGUAAUGCAUUCUUUUCUUUUCCUUUUUUUUUUGUUGUUGAAGGCUAAUACACCUUGCAAGAUUAAUUAGAACAACUUUUGGCGAUACAAGUCGAGGCGCAUGCAUCGUCGAUUGGAGAGGUGGAUUUCAUCAUGGAAGAAUCCCUUUGCGUUGCAAAGGUACUAAUAGAAUCAGCAUUGGAAGGCAAAAUUUUUUUGGCUGGUUGGAGAUCAGUCAUUAGUUCAAGAACUGAACAAGAUCCCGGUAAGGCAGGUUAGUAGGACCCCAGUGUUUAGUGGUUCAUCCUGUAGACUUUUGAUCAAGAAUGAUGCUUGUCAUGACCUUUUACUUAAAAACUUUCCUUUGGAAUGAUGCUUGUUAUUGCUUUUGGAUACAUCUCCUUUCCCUUUUUCUUUUCACUGCUGUAGUUCUACUAGUAGUACUGGUAUUUUUCUUUUCACCUUUUCACCAUUGCACUUGUGCUUC